CUGGAUACGGCUCACCUCACGUGUUGUAGCGAUCUUGCGUGCCCCCUGGCUUGCCUUGCCCGACUUAAGCCGACGAUACCAUUGCGUCAGGUGCUUGUGGGAAGACAAGCGGUAGUGCAACAUUUUGAUAGCUGACUCGUUGGUGACGACUCUGAUCAGUCAUAUUGGGAAAAACUGCUUUGUGUACUAUGUGUAGGCCAUAUAUACACUGCUUGCCGCAUCAACAUUGAGGGACUACUGGCUGGCUCCCAGCAUAGAGCCACCAGCUACCAUGUCUGCGACUGAAACCGGCGCCAGUGUGCGGCGCACCUUCAUUGACUACUUUAGCAAGAAGCAAGCCCACACCUAUGUCCACUCAUCCUCAGUCAUCCCAUUUGAGGACCCCACACUGCUGUUUGCCAAUGCAGGGAUGAACCAGUUCAAGCCAAUCUUCCUGGGCUCGGUGGAGCCGGGCAGCGAACAGAGCAGGCUGGUGCGCGCCGUCAACAGCCAGAAGUGCAUCCGCGCCGGCGGCAAGCACAACGACCUGGACGAUGUUGGCAAGGACGUUUACCACCACACAUUCUUCGAGAUGCUCGGCAACUGGAGCUUCGGCGACUACUUCAAGAAGGAGGUGUGCACGUGGGCCUGGGACCUGCUCACCAACGUGUACAAGCUGCCCAAGGACCGUAUGUACGUCACCUACUUCGAGGGCAAGCAGGACGCAGGGCUGGAACCCGACUUGGAGACCAAGGGCAUCUGGAAGUCGCUUGGGAUCCCGGAGAGCCGCAUCCUGAAGGGCAACAUGAAGGACAACUUCUGGGAGAUGGGCGACACGGGCCCGUGCGGCCCCUGCACCGAGAUCCACUUCGACAGGAUCGGAGGCCGCGACGCCGCCCACCUCGUCAACAUGGACGACCCCAACGUCGUCGAGAUCUGGAACCUGGUCUUCAUCCAAUUCAACAGGGAGACUGACGGCUCGCUGAAGCUGCUGCCCAAGAAGCACGUGGACUGCGGUCUGGGUUUGGAGCGCCUCGUCUCCAUCCUGCAGGGCAAGAUGUCCAACUACGACACGGACUUGUUCCAGCCCAUCUUCCAGCAGAUUACCAAGCUGACCGGCGCGCGGCCGUACACCGGUCACGUGGGUGCCGACGACACGGACGGCAUCGACAUGGCGUACCGCGUGCUGGCAGACCACGUGCGCACGCUCACCAUUGCCCUCUCGGACGGCGGCCGACCGGAUAACGUGGGCCGCGGGUACGUGCUGCGGCGCAUCCUGCGACGCGGCGUGCGCUACGCCACGGAGAAGCUGGGCGCCAAGCGGGGCGUGUUUGCAGCGCUCGUGCCCACCGUGGUGGCCGUGCUCGG